AUGGUGAAAACACACGAUGCGUCGCCCUAUGAGGCACCAGCGUCACCGCGUCUUUUCUGGCAGGGUCGCGAAUCAGCAUCUCCCUUCCAUAGAAGCUCAGAGAACCAGAACCUCUAUGAUCCUGAUGCCUCAACAUAUACUCCCUCCAAGCGCCCGUCUUUGGAAAACCUGAAGCGCGCCUCCAGGGUCAAGAAUAACAACAUGUUCCGCGACCACAAUGCAGAGUAUGACCCCACGCAAGUCUAUGUUCCACAGCGGCCGUUGGCCCUCAAUCGGUCAUCCCAGAGGCAAGCGCAGAACGCACCACCAGCACAGCAGCCCGACCCCCAGGACACCAACCCGGUCGGCCCGCGGCCCCCUUCCCCGAGCAAGGACCAGGUUGCCCCGGCAAAAUCCUCGCUGUCUCGGGCUAGUCGAUUCGGUGGUAAGGACGCUGCUUUCGACCCCGAGAACGAGAUCUGGUCGGACAUCGACGGUAGUCGACAUGCUAAAAGCGUGACAUUCGAUGCGGCUCCUCCUCAGGUGAACGAAUAUGAGAUGACAACUCCGGAUCCAUCCUCCGUUGCCUCCGACUCCCGCGAAGGUAGCUAUGACUCCGAGGAAAAUGAGAACGAUAUCAGCUUCGAUCGGGAAUCCUCGCUCGAGCGCGACGACAGCUUCGACGCAUCCCUGGAAGACCUCGAGAAAACACCAGUGGUGCUGCCGGAGGACUGGCGCUAUAUGAGCCCUGAAUCUGCGAAUGACGAACUGGUCGAAGAGGGGGAGGGCCAGUUCACCGAGGAUGACGAAGACCAUAGCCCCAUCCCCCGCCCGUCCUCCCAGCAAGAGCAUCCCGUGCAGCAUGCCCGGGUGGAGUCACUGGAUUCAAAUGUUGAUCGCCGUCCCCUUCCUCCUCUCCCUCCCACUAACCGGCCUCAAUUCCCUCAGCGUGGAUCGCCGGGAAAGAUGACGGCCGCUUUUGAGCUUGGAAGUGGGAACCAGCGCGUUCUGCCUUCUCCACCAGCCCCCGCAUCUUACAGCAAAUCCGACAUCACGGAACGGAAUCACGGCCAUAUGUCCCUGGAAGAGAGGCUGCGUCUGAUGAUGAUUGAGAAGAAGGAGCCGAUAACUGAGGAAAUCGAACUGGAUGGCCCGGAGACACCCAAGGCUCUUCCCGAGGAGCCACAGGAGCAGACUGCAGUCAAGGAGGCCCCUGCCACUCAGGAAACAGAUACUGCAGCGGAGGACGACGCAGAUGUUUACACCCCUCCGCGCAUCUCGAGGGAUUCGAUUCUCCGAGAUCUGCGUAAGAGCGAGAGCUUCCUGGAUGACUCCUUUGAAGAUGCUUCUCAGGCGGAGUCUAGCCCCAACCAUUACUUCGAUUAUGACCCGGACGUCCCAAUUCCUUCCAUGGAGCACGAUCAUGAUGAUAGCCACGACUAUGACGACGACGAUGACGAUGAGACCAGCAGUGUGAUCAUCAAGCCCGAAGAGCAUGAUGAUUCUCUUUAUGACAUUCCAGAAUACUAUGAGAACGUAAACUCGGAGCAGUCCUCUUCGCAAAGCUUAAAGGAUAAGGUGGAUGAUGACGAAAGUCGUUACUCCAGCCAACCUCCGGAAGAGGUGUCCGUGCUGGAGGAGGAUGACUCGCACGACUUUGAUGACCGGCAAUCCACACCACUUGCUACCGUGCAGACACAAGAGACGCCGUCAGUCGAUGAAUCACUUGAUGAGUCGCAAGUAUCUACCAUCAGCGAGGAAAGGUCUGCUGAUAAGAUGGCCGCCAUGCGGGAGUCACUCCAGCGCCCAUCGACGCCGGAUAGCCAGAAUCAAUUAUCGGAGCCUUCUACCCCUGAUUCUGUCGUUCGACACCCUGUGGCUGACGAGCAGAGCGAUCGCGAGGUCUCGCCAGACGAGAGUGUUCCGGAACCGAUUGCCACAGUCAAAGCACCAGGAACUCGCCUCAAGACGCGUCCCUCACUGACCCCAGCCGAUAUGGAACAGAUGGCAGCCACUCGCCGGAAGGUUAGCGGACAGGUGCCACCGCCAAUGCCAUACCUUACAAAACAGGAAUCCAACGAAUCCCAGGCGUCAGCACCCGGUGAUGCCGUGCCGUCACUACCUCCACCCGUGCAGGAGAAUCAAAGACAGAGUAGUCUUGUAAAGCUGGACAUUCCGUUCAGCAUCCAGGAAGAAGAGAGUCUUGGAUUUGGAUUGGACAAAGAAUUCGAUAGGGUCAUUGAAUCUCAAAAGGUGGCGUUUGAACAUUCCCUCUCCCAGCUGCGUCUCCACGGCCAGGAAGCACCCAAGCAUGGACCAGCCCCCCCGUUCUUGAGUUCGAGACAGCGGACUAAUGACAAUUGCCCCAAACAGAGAGGUUAUCUUAUGCGGCACAAUACCAAGGUUAUCAUUGCGAGCAGCAGCACGGAGGACGACACUGUGCCGACUCCAGGAGAAGAUCCGGCUGAAUCUCGAGCCACACGCGCUGCGCCCACGCCGCGUAAGGCCAGCCAGCAGACUUGGACCACUGUACCCUGGAACGGUCAAACUCGUCGGGCGAGUAUGAGAACGGCCAGCGGAGUCGUUCGAAAGAAGGCUACGUCAGGCCCGGUACCGCCGCUCCCAGGCCAGCAAAGCAGCGUCCAGGAGCCGGCAACCAUGAUCGAGGAGGCGGAGCCUGCUCUCAAUGGCGCUCUCGAGGAGGGUGAAGAGCGAGGCCGUCUCUUCGUCAAGGUUGUUGGGAUGAAAUACCUCGAUCUGCCUCUGCCACGAGGUGAGAGAUCGUACUUUGCCCUUACUUUGGACAACGGCCUGCAUUGCGUCACCACCUCUUGGUUGGAACUAGGCAAGACAGCGCCCAUUGGCCAGGAAUUCGAGCUCAUUGUCCAACAGGACCUUGAGUUCCAGUUGACCUUGCAAAUGAAGGUGGAUGAGGACAAGUUCCGAGUGCAGGAGCCUGCCCCUACUGCCUCGCCUAGUCGCCCCAAGACUUCCACAUUUAGCCGUGUGUUUGCUUCUCCGCGCAAGCGCAAGGAGCUCGAGAUGAAGCAGCAACUUGCCACCCAGCAAAACAAAGCCAAAGAUAUCAACGCUCCUGUGUGGGAACGAUUGAGGACUUUGGUCGCCAGAGAUGGCAGCUUUGCGCGCGCAUAUGUUUCUCUUAGUGAUCACGAGAAACACGCCUAUGGUCGGCCUUACAAUGUUGAUAUUGCGUGCUUCAAUGAAUGGGCGGUUGAAGAGCAGCCAAGCAGUGUCAAGAGCAAGAAGAGUACGACGAGUACGACUUCUCAGCGAAGACCUCCUUACAAGAUUGGUAAGCUGGAGCUCCAGCUGUUGUUUGUCCCCAAGCCCAAGGGUGCCAAGGAGGAGGAUAUGCCCAAGAGCAUGAACGCCUGCAUCCGGGAAAUGCGUGAGGCGGAGAGUGUCUCUGCUCGUAGUUUCGAGGGAUUUCUGUCACAGCAGGGUGGCGACUGCCCGUACUGGCGUCGUCGCUUCUUCAAGCUUCAGGGAUCCAAAUUGACCGCCUACCACGAGACCACCCGUCAACCACGUGCCACGAUCAACCUUUCGAAGGCAGUCAAGUUGAUUGAUGACCGAUCUUCGCUGAUGCAGAAAGAGACCACCACCCGGGGUGGUGGCCGUCGAAAAUCUGCGUUUGCUGAGGAAGAGGAAGGUUACAUGUUCGUGGAGGAAGGCUUCCGUAUUCGCUUCGGCAACGGCGAAGUGAUUGAUUUCUACGCUGACAGUGCGGUCGACAAGGACGGAUGGAUGAAGGUCCUGGCCGAUGCGGUGGGCAAAGGAUCUUCGGGAAGCAGCCAGGCUAAGCUCUGGACCGAGAUGGUCCUUAAGCGGGAGCGGAGUAUGAAAGCGAAACGGGACCAAAUUCCUCCUCCGCCUCCUGCCAAACCCACCUCGUCCAUUCCGAUGCCAACGGCGCCGGCGCCGACCUCGGCUUCCAAACCUCGACACAAGCACACCCAAUCUCAGCCGGACGUUCGCGGUGCGGAUGCUCGACGACAGAAGACCCGGUCCUUGAUGUUCUAG